UUUGCCAUGUACUAUUUCACUUACGACCCAUGGAUUGGCAAACUGCUUCACCUAGAGGAUUUUUAUAUCACUGAAGAUUAUCAAGGUAUAGGUAUUGGGGCUGACAUGCUGAAGAAGCUAAGUCAGAUAGCCAUCAGUACCCAUUGUAAUGCCAUGCAGUUUCUUGUCAUCAUUUGGAAUCAGGAUUCCGUUGAGUACUACACUCGCCUAGGAGCUUUAGACCUUUCCUGUGAAGAAGGCUGGCAUUUGUUCCGAUUUAACAUUGAAGAUCUCCUGGAACUUGCAGAGGAAGAAUGA